CAGAAUCCGAGUCCACUCGCUCUCCCAUCCCCUCCCCUCCCCUCCCCUCCCGGGGGCUUUCAACUCGGCUCCCCAAACCCCAUCGCCUCGCCGCCGAGCAGAGCUCCACGUCGGCGGCCUCUACCUCCUUCUCUCUCCGCCAGCCGCUCCUCGGUCCACUUCCGCCGACGCAGCGCGAUCCUCUCUGUCUCAGUCGAAGCAGAGUGGGGGAUCGGAUUGGUUUGCUGGCUGCCUUCUCAUGUUGGUGGGCUAGAUGUGUUGUGCUAUGUUCAUUAGCAGUUUGGAUCUGCCCCUGGUCCAGGAGCAAGAGCCAAGAGGGCUAUGAGAUAUGGAGUUUUCAUUUUAAACAACAUCUAGAGGAUUGCCUGGACUAAGUUUUUAAGUCAGAGAAGAAUGGGUGGCUGCUGCUGCUGUUCAUCGAGAAGAUCUGAAGCAGUUAGAGCACCAAUUGUAUAUCGUCAGCAAAAUCUUGAGGAGCAUGAGCCGCUGUCCUCAGCUUUUGAUGGUUCAUCUCCAGCCUCUGCAAUUGUUGCAGUAGACACAAAUCUUGAUACAUCCACACCAGACACUUACCGAGCACCACCUGCACCUUUGCCUUAUGAUGUUGUUUUGGCAGUUCCAGAUAACCCUGAUGCAGGUUUGGAUAAGUCAGACAUUAAAAACAAAACUGAUGACCAACAGGAGUCCAUAAAUGAACAGGAGUCCUUAAAGGUGAAUGAGUCAUGCAAGAAAGGUGUCCCGGAAGAUAAGCCUGAUGAGGAGGAUGUUUGUCCUAUCUGCCUUGAAGAAUAUGAUGAAGAAAAUCCCCGCUCUGUAACUAAAUGUGAGCAUCAUUUCCAUCUUUGCUGCAUCCUUGAAUGGAUGGAACGAAGUGAUACGUGCCCAGUUUGUGAUCAGAUAACCUUGGUGGAUGAGAUGUUUGAAUAAGCCUAGUAACCCUGGUGGAUCAUCUCUUGAAGCUCUUGGUUUCCAAGGAAGGUGGGGUCAGCAAAUUCUCUGCUCUUGAUAUUGGUUCGUUCUGGGUUGCUCUCCUGGUAAUGAUUUGAUGAAAAUGAAAUUGAGUGAUUGAAUUGCGUGGAAUGUAUUUGCGCCCACCUUGGUCUAUUGCCUUACUGUAUCAUGCUUUUGCUGUUCAUAACAGCAGGUGGAUUAGGAAACUGUUGGUUGAUA